AUGUUACCAAAUUUAAUUCGACUUGAUAUUUCAUCCAAUGAACUAACAAGUUUACCUACUGAACUUGGCUUUAUGGAUAGCUUGAUGGUGUUGAUUAUAAACUGUAAUUCAAUUCGAUCUAUUAGACAGUCGAUAAUUUCAGGUUCAACUGAAGCGAUUAAAUCACUUUUACGUCAAAGGCAUAAAUCAUCAGAUGAAGAUUUUGAGUAUACCCUCCAAUCGGUAAAAAAUUGUUUAGAUACCGUCAAAUCAGAAGCGAACAAGGAAUCUAUUUAUUCCACUAAUGGUAUUAAUGAUAAUAAUGUUAAUAGUGUAGUUUCUUCAAUGAAAUCAUUGCUGUCAGAUCAGAAACAAAAUCCAAUUAUACAUUAUGAAAUUCAUUUACCUCCUGUUUCAUCAUCUGGUAUCUUAGAUUGGAGUGGUGUGACACAGAAAUCAUCUACUACUUCUGUUACUAAUAUUCCACAAUUACCGUCAUUAAAUGUACAAUCUGAGUGGAUUCAAGCAGCUACACCGCCUAAUUCUCAAGGUAAUAUUCCAGUUGUGAAAAGUUUACUUCUACUUCAUCGUUCUUUACUACAAGUUCCACAAGGGUUAUUUGUAUUUGCUUCAGAUUUAACAUCGCUAAAUAUAAGUUAUAAUCAGUUGACAAGUUUGCCAGAAAAUCUUGAUCAACUUACAAAACUAGGAAGUUUAGAUGUUAGUAAUAAUAAACUGAGAUGUUUGCCAGUGUGUCUGUCCAACUUAAGUGAACUGAUCACAUUACGCCUAGACUCAAAUCCUUUUGCUUCACAAUUACCAUAUGAUAUACUCUUCAAAAUACCAUUGAUUAAAAAGUUGGAGUGUUUAUCAGUUCGUGGAUGUCAGUUGGACUCUUGUCCUACAUAUGAACACCUUAAUCCAACGAAUGCACCAAACCUAAAAUGCCUUGAUAUAGGCAAUAAUAAUAUUGGUCAGCUACCAGUAGAGCUAGGAUUGUGCACACAAAUCAGAUCACUUCAUGUUGAUGGUAAUACAUUUCGUGUACCUCGAUCGAGUAUAGUUGCUAAAGGUACUGAGUCAAUUUUAGACUAUUUACGUUCCCGAAUUCCAACGUGA